AUGGCGUUGAAGACGGUGUGCGUCACCGGCGGAUCAGGCUACAUAGCCUCUUGGCUUAUCAAAGAAUUGCUCCGCCGUGGUUACGCCGUCAAAGCUUCCGUUCGUUAUCCCGAUGAUCCUAAGAAAACACAUCAUCUGCUAUCACUUGAUGGAGCCGAAGAUCGACUUCAACUGUUGAAGGCAGAUCUUCUGGAAGAAGGUUCCUUCGAUACUGCCAUUGCUGGGUGUGAAGGUGUCUUUCACUGUGCAUCUCCUUUCUUCCUUGAAACCUCAAAUCCCCAGGAAGAAUUGAUCGACCCUGCAGUUAAGGGGACGCUCAAUGUGCUCAAAUCAUGCGCGAAAACACCGUCUGUCAAAAGAGUUGUUUUGACAUCUUCCGAAGCCGCAAUUGCUUUCAAUGGUACACCUCGAACAUCCGACACAAUCAUCGAAGAGACUUGGUGGUCGGACCCUGAUUACUGCAAAGAAAAGCAGAUGUGGUACUUGCUCUCGAAAACAUUGGCCGAGGGUGCUGCUUGGGAGUUUGCAAAGGAAAAUGGCAUCGACUUGGUUUCGAUCAAUCCUUGUUGUGUGAUUGGUCCAAUGUUACAGCCUACACUCAACACUAGUUGUGGUCAGAUUUUGUCCUUAUUAAAAGGUUCUGAGACUUAUCCAAAUACUGCAUAUGGGUGGGUACACGUGAAAGAUGUGGUUGAUGCACACAUUUUGGCGUAUGAGAAACCCGAGGCUAAUGGUAGAUAUUAUAUAGUCGAGAGGUGUGCUCGACCCUUUGAUCUUGUGCAGAUACUGCGCGAACUCUGUCCUCAUCUGAAAUAUCCGGAAAAGACGGCUGAUGGAAAGCCACUCGUGCCGAAUUACAAAGUGAACACUGGAAAAGCAAAAGAACUUGGUGUUGUGUUCACGCCUCUUGAACAAGCGAUCAAAGAUACUGUUGAAAGCUUGAAGGAGAAGGGUUUCUUCGAGGAUGCCUAG